CCAAAAGCAACAUCCAUUAUAAACAGUGUUGGAUACUACCAGGUCAAGUACACAUUCAGAGAAACAAGGCUGCACUCUUGCUGCAGAUCAAGCGGAGGACUUGCAAUGGAGGCAACCAAGGAGACCCAGCAGCAGCAGCAGCAGAGGAAGCCGGACGCCGGCGACACGGUGCAGCUGCCGAUGGACACCAGCCCGUACGUGCAGUACAAGAAGGACGACGGCCUGGAGGACUACAAGCUGCGCGCCUACGGCGCCCGCGGCCACCUCCCCGUCUCCGACGUCCCCCACGGCGGCUGCGGCACCGACGCCCCCACCAUCCCCGGCACCGCCGUCCCCGUCGCCACACAGCGCCGCCACCAACAAGGCGACACCGCCGCUGCCGCCGCCGGCACCGGCCGCGUUGACACCGCCACCGACGCCAUCAAUCACCAUGGCGUGCCAUAGACGGUGUAAGUGGGUAGACUAUGGGUGUUGGUCGGUGAGCCGCGAACCCACUUAUUUUAAUUUAUAAGUGGAUUUGCGGUUUAUUUUAGCCUACAAGUGGAUUUCACGCCACUUACACUCGUACCAUAAACCACCGUAACAUCUUUUCGGUUUUCACUGUGUGAGCUGCUGCCUCUUGUGGUAGUAUAGUGUUCACUGUUCAGUGUCCAGAGAGUGAUAAAAAAAUAAUUAAAUAAAGCCUGAAAUGUGCUACUAUCAGGCACACUGUAAUACUGUUACUAGCCCGAACUGGUUUGCAUCAAAAAUAUUUUUAACGGUUUUCAA